AUGAGGAGGGGGUUGCGGGACGGAUGGCGAAGAGAAGACGAGAGCGGAAGACGGGGCGCCGGGAGCACCCAUUUGUCCUACGGCGAAGACGAGAGGAGGCGCGACCGAGAUGAAGGCAACAGGAAGACACACUUCGACAGACACAGAGAAGACUAUAGACAUCAGACGCAGUCAGAGGGGCGGAACCAUGGCUAUCCGUCUGACCUGCGCGUUACGCCCUUCUCCUCGCGGCGCUGUAGACCGCGACGCCCCUCCGACGCGUUUGAUGGCCACGCGGCCAGGCGGAGUCGCAGCCGGACGCCGACCUCUUACGAAGCCUCUCGACGAGGACGAGACACGUGGAGAGAAGAAGGGAUGCCGUACCGGGGUCGGCAGAGAAGCAGAGAGAGAGAACGAACGAAGUGGAGACACGCGGGCCCCCGGCCAGAUCACCGGGAUGACAGGUACUCGAUCAGGCGAGACGAGCGGAGAAGCUUCUCGAGCGGACGCGGAAUGGAGCGAAGAGAAGGUCAGGAUGCGAGAGGGGACGACUACAGAGAGGGCAGAGAAGCUGGGAGAGGAGACAGCCAUGCCGGAAGACGGGAAGGGGGAGGAAUGCGCGACGAAACAGAAGAACGACCCCGAGGAGACAUCAGAGGCCAACGCGUUGUCCAAGAACGGGAGGCACGCACCAUUCAGUUCACUCCCGUUUCGCAAACAAACAGAGAUGAGCCAGCACGUGGAAUCGAAAGCGACAGCACAGGUGCGCGUCCGUCGGCGUCUACGUUCAUUCUUCGUCCUCGCGGUGAGGGGGUCGGACCUUCACCUUCCUCGCAGUCGCCGGCUUUCCCUGCUUCCUACGUGGCCGCUGGAGGCGAACGCAGGAACCCUCUCUCUGCGCCUGUCGUUCGCCUGUCUCCUGUCUCCGCGCCCUCCCAGGGCUUCGCUGCGGGGCAGCGAGAGGGGCGGGAGGACGAGAGGAGGGGCGAACAAGAAGACAGCCACGAAGAGGGCCGGGGGGGUCCGAACGUGUUCGAGGCUGCGAGCCGACACAGAGAACACGAGGACAUGCAUCGCCCCCAUGCCGUGGCACCAGGGUGCCCGAUGGCCGCAGGACAGGAACCUGGCUCUCUGCAGCCGUUCGGCGCCCAGAUGUGUCCCCCGCCUCCGCCGACUGCGCCUGCCUUUCCGUCUGUCCCUCAAGCCGACAGCCGCUUCCGACCGCCUUCUCAUCAUUCGCAUGCGCCCUUCCCUCCGCCCAGCUGCCACGUGACCUUCCACUCCGCCUCCGCGCCGCCUGUGGGGCCGCCAGGCGGCCUCUGUCCCCGCCCCGGAAGCGGGCCCGUUGGGCUCUGUCGUCCACCGUACCCUCCGCCUGUGGUCGUCGGCCCAGCAGCCCGCAGGGCGGUGCCGGAGAGUGGAGAAGGCGCGGUGUUCCUCAGCGCCUCUUCUCGGUUUGGACGCUCCGACCCGCCUCCCCAUCCGCCCCACAUGGUCCCGCAUCCUCCCUACUUUGGGCCCCCAGGAAACGGCGGCGUGAGGCCGAUCCACCCGCCCGCGCGGCACGGCCUGGUUGCGGGCCCGUUGGGCUCCGACGGCUCCGGACGCCCGCCGCUCGGGGCCGGGUCCUCGACCCUCUGGGGCUCAGGGGGGGGCGAGGAACACUCUCGCGCCGCCGAGGGCCCGGGCCGAGCAGGCCUGCAGAGGCAGUUUGACGGCGAGUCGUGGCGAGAGAAGGGGGUUGCGCCCGGCUUUGCGGACGGGGCGUGCCGCGGAGCAGAAAACACCCCUGCGACCGCGCCAGUCGUCCUCAGGCUUUCAGGCGUUCCGGGCCCUCUUCUCACGCAUGAGAACAUGCUCUCCUUUUGCUCAAUGUUUGGACAGGUCGCCCACGUCGACGUACAGCCGGGGCAACAGUCGGUUCGUGUCACGUUUGCCGAUCCAGCAGCCGCUGCGGAGGCGGGGCGGAAUGCCCCGCGUGCCUUUGGGACACCUGCUCUCGUCGUCGAGGUAAUUUCGCAGCUCAGUGGCGCCUCCGCAGCUGCCGUCUCCGCGUCACCUCCAUCGGCGGCCCAGGGAGGCGCGUCGGCGAACGCCGUCCUUAUUCACACGCCAGGCUCAAACAAAUUUGUCUCGCCCGAAUAUGUGGAGAAGAAGAAACAGUUGGAGGAGCUGCAGCGGAAGAGAGAACAGUGUGCGAAGAAGAAACAGGAGUUGCUUACGAAGCUGACAGGCAGUCUACAGAAAGCCAUCGCGCGCCUGACAGACGCGGAGACCCCCGAAAACGAAAAGGAGGCAGUGAGGGCCAUGAUUGCCUCCAUCAAAGAGAAAAUCUCUCUUCUCUCUGACGACAAGCAAAAAGAUGCUCGGCCAGAAGAGGAGGCGCGGCUGGAAGAGAAACUGCGACGUCUCCAAGCAGAAGCCUUCGCACGGGGUUUAAAUCCGCGCCUUCUGCUCCAGCAGGCAGCCGCGCAAAAUCCGUACAAACUCGAUUUCCGAACGACUUACAUCAAGUGUUCGGGUCCCUCUCUGGAGAACAUUCAAGACCAAGAGACGUUCACGGAGUGGGUAAUUGCUCACUCGGACGCGCUGCUGGCGGAUGCUAUCGAGGCCGUUCUGAGAGUCGACGAAGGCGGCACAAGUUUCUGCUGCCUCAAGUACAUCAACCGACAAGCCGCCGAACAGGCGAUGCGGAACAGCGCGUCUCUGAACGCGCAGCUGGAGUGGAUGGCCCCGCCGGCGCUCCCCGACGCGUCUGCCUGUGUCCCCGGCGACGCGUCGCUCUUGGAGACUCGCGAGGGAGAAGACGAACUUGUCUCGUCCUCUCUCGCCGCCUCCGCGUAUGAGCCAAUGGCGAGCUUCGCGGCGUCCGGGCCCCGCGAGGACGGAGACGGCCGGCAGGCGCUGGCGUUCGACAGCGAUUUAGACACCUUGAGGCGCGAGGAGAGUCGAGAGGCGAGUCGAGGGGAGGAGACACGAAACGCGCACGGACCCACUCCAGGCGCAACGGACAGACCACGGAUGGGACACACGACGAGCAGAGACGGCGGCAAACCUUUCGAGCACCACCCCCACAACCUCCAGGAGACAGAAGUGGACUACGACUUCGAAUGA